AACAAAAGGCCUUUCUUAUAUCACCCGAAAAAGGGGCUUUCUUUGAUUUGUCAUUCUUGAACUUUACAAUUCUCGAGGGCAUGUUUGUUUGUUAUUAAGUAUGGGCUCUAAUGCACAUUAACAAGUUAAAUGAUUUGUCAGACGUGAUUCAUGUUUGUCGUUCUAUAAAUGGUUUGUUCUAAACACGAAUCCUUUAUCAGCCAGUUGUGAAUUGAAUGGAGGGAACUGGAGGCGGCAGUGCCGCGGCUGCUGCACCAGUGAACCAAUGGUGGCAAGACUUGUCCAAGAUCUUUCAACAUUAUCUGGAUAUAUCCACACCUCAUACUACCUAUAGAUGGAUUGGAACUCUGGUUUUGGCAUCAAUCUAUGCUUUGAGGGUAUUUUAUGUCCAAGGGUUUUACAUUGUAUCUUAUGGUCUGGGAAUCUACCUGCUGAAUCUGUUGAUUGGGUUUCUCUCCCCUUUGGUUGAUCCAGAACUGGAACCCUCUGAUGGACCUAUGCUGCCAACAAAAGGUUCUGAUGAGUUCAAGCCAUUCAUUCGCCGGCUUCCAGAAUUUAAGUUCUGGUAUUCUAUCACAAAGGCAUUCUGCACAGCAUUUGUCAUGACCUUCUUUUCUAUUUUUGAUGUUCCUGUCUUUUGGCCUAUAUUACUCUUUUACUGGAUUGUUCUCUUUGCCCUCACAAUGAGGCGCCAAAUUGCCCACAUGAUCAAGUACAAAUAUAUCCCGUUCAACUUUGGCAAGCAGAAAUAUGGUGGUAAGAAAUCCUCUGCAAGUAGCAGUGGCGCACGCCCAGAAUGAAAGCUUUGCCGUAUCAUGAUUUGAAACAAUUCUGAAUAGGUGAAAAGAAAUGUAGGUUGGUAGUUGAAGUUUCACCCUUCAAUUGAACUAAUAUGUAGCCAGAUAGGGGUGUGCAAAACCCUGGUAAUCUGAUCCAAUCCAAAUAAGUCAUGUGAUGAAAUCAGAUCAGACCAAACCAGACUAGUUGGUUGGAUACUUGGAUUGGAUUGAUUUCUAGACCAAUUGAUCAGACCACUUGGUUUGAUUUGGUUUGGUCUGAGUGAUUAUUUUUUAAAUAUUUUGUAUUUUUGAAUGUUGUUUUUUUUUUUAUUGUUGUUUAAUAUUGUUCGAGAUUCUUAUGAAUUUAUGAUCAAGUUUUAAUGUAUUAGGAUGAGUUUUAUAUGAUUAUGGCUAUUUUUUA